CGUCAGCAGGCGGCGGCAGAACCCUCGCGUUUGAACCACAGCGGUGCAGCUGUGCGGUCUGUCGGCUUAUCGAGCUCGUGUUUGGGUGUGUUGCAGCUUCAGCUGAGCCUCCACAGUCGGAGACGCUCUUCGGGAACAAACACACUCGGAGGUCUGAGGUUCUUCGGAGUUUCUUCUUUAUUUUUGUCGUUAAGGCUAACGCCGUUAGCUUAUGCCUGCGUCGUUACCAUGGUGACGCUCCGAGGCAGAGGGGACGCGGACCGGAGAAACGGGCCGAGCACGAGCACCGGGACCCCGGCACGAUCUGAGAUAAAGACCCGGAGGAGGAAGAACGCUCCCCGGACUCAAGAGUCCGGACGGUCCGAUGUAUGUAAAUCAGAGGAUGAGGAGCAGAACCUCACCGAUUCUGAAACACCCGAGGACGAAGAUGAGAAAGCAGCGGGCACCAUCAUCAGGAAAUCUCAGCGGCUCCAGAAGCGUUCAGGUGGCCGGCUGAGGAGAAGCACGAGGCUGACCAAAGUGACGAGCAGGUACGAGGCCUCCAACAUGUUCGACGGCAUCAGCACCAACGCCGCCAGGUCGGUCCUGAACAGGAUGGACAGCAUGAAGAAGAAGAGGCGGCUCAGUAACAACAAGGAAGGAAAGAUCUACUCUAAAGCCCAGAGGAGUAAAACACCAGUCCCACUGCGAGGAGAGCUCAGCGACAGCGAGGACAGCCGAGGGGCGGGCUUUGACGAGGACAGCAGGAAGGCCGUAACAGCAGAUGAAGACAGCAACUGCAGCGUCGGCCACAACGUUGAUGCCAAACUGAGCCGAGCCUCGUCGCUGUACCAAGGCCCGACCAGCGACUUCCUGAGAGGAACCUUCCCAGUCAGCGCCUCCGGAGCGAACACGACCCGCAGAGCAGCCUUCAGACCCACUAAGAGCGCCUGGUCCAAACAAUCUGAUGAAGACUCUGAUCAUGAAGAGGAGGCGGCCCCUGACAGCUGUCUCCCACUCAGCCUGCGUACCGGCAACCUUUUGGGAACCCGCAACGACAAGAUGGCUGCAGGAGCGCGCCUGGCGGACAUCGAUCCCAUGGCCAUCGACCAAUCUGUGGGUUUUGACAGUAUUGGGGGUCUGUCAGGUCACAUCUCAGCUCUGAAGGAGAUGGUCGUCUUCCCCCUUCUCUACCCUGAGGUCUUUGACAACUUCAAGAUUCAGCCUCCCAGAGGGUGUCUGUUUUAUGGCCCACCCGGGACGGGGAAGACGCUGGUUGCACGGGCGUUGGCCAACGAGUGUAGCCACGGCAACAGGAAGGUGUCCUUCUUCAUGAGGAAGGGAGCCGACGUCCUCAGCAAGUGGGUGGGCGAGUCAGAGCGGCAGCUGCGGCUGCUGUUUGAGCAGGCGUAUCGGAUGCGUCCGUCCAUCAUCUUCUUCGAUGAGAUCGACGGUCUGGCUCCGGUCCGAUCCAGCAGGCAGGACCAGAUCCACAGCUCCAUCGUGUCGACACUCCUCGCUCUGAUGGACGGGCUCGACAGUCGAGGGGAGGUCGUCGUGAUCGGAGCCACAAACCGGCUCGACUCCAUCGACCCUGCGCUGCGGCGGCCCGGGCGCUUUGACCGCGAGUUCCUGUUCGGCCUUCCCGACAGAGAGGCUCGUAAAGACAUUCUGAAGAUCCACACUCGGCAGUGGAAACCUCCUCCGUCUGAAGACUUUCUCGAUGAACUGUCAGAAAAAUGUGUCGGUUACUGCGGCGCUGAUAUCAGGGCGGUGUGCACCGAGGCGGCAUUGUGCGCUCUGCGCCGACGCUACCCGCAGAUCUACGGCACGUCCCAGAAGCUCCUGCUGGACGUCUCCUCCAUCGCCGUCAGCAGCUGCGACUUUGCAGCAGCCCUGAAGAGGAUGUCGCCCACCUCGCACCGCUCUGCCGCCUCCCCGGCCAAACCGCUGUCCCCUGUGGUCCACCUGCUUCUAGGCGGCGCCCUGCAAGAAAUCCUCAAUGCCCUGCAGAGGAUGUUUCCACACGCUGAGGAGGGCAUGAAGAGGAAGAGGGAGCCAGACCUGACCUCGGGUAUCAUCGAUGACACGCUGAUGUUUGACGAAGACGAGGGCCCCAGCAUCUCCAAACCCUCCAAGAACAAAACCUUCCUGCACUUCUUCAGGAGUGCCGUCAAACAGCCGACGUCUCACCGUCCCAGGAUCUUGCUGGCAGGUCGUCCUGGCGCUGGUCAAACCUCCCACCUGGCCCCCGCCAUCCUGCACGCUUUGGAGCGUUUCACCGUCCACAGCCUGGACUCAGCGGUGCUGUUUGGUGUCAGCAGCACCUCGCCAGAGGAAGCCUGUGCACAGGUGUUCUGUGAGGCCAAGCGGACGUCUCCCAGCAUCCUCUACAUACCGCACAUCCAGCAGUGGUGGGACACUGCGGGGCUGGCACUGAGGGCAUCCUUCCUCAGCCUGCUGGGCAGCAUCCCGUCCUUCUCCCCCAUCCUCCUCCUCGCCACCUGCAGCGUGUCCUUCCAGCAGCUGGACCCAGAGAUUCAGAGCCUGUUUCGGGAGGACUACGGGGAGGUCUACGUCCUCAGAGUUCCCACCCAGCAGGAGAGGACCAGCUUCUUCCAGGAUCUCAUUCUGAACCAGGCGGCCGAGGCCCCUCCCUCUAAGAGAAAAACAUUAUCUCAGGCAAUGGAGGUCCUCCCCCUAGCUCCACCGCCGCCUCCUCGCAAAAUGUCAGCGCAAGAGCACCUCCGCCUGGAGGAGCAGGAGGAGGACGUGCUGCGAGAGCUCCGUCUCUUCCUGCGAAACAUCACCGAGCGCCUGUCUCUGGACCGCCGCUUCAAAGCCUUCACCAAACCGGUCGACAUCGAGGAGGUCCCCGACUAUCUGAUGGUGAUUAAGAAGCCCAUGGACCUCUCCACCCUGCUCACCAACAUCGACCAGCACAAGUACGUCACCGUCGGCGAGUUCAUGGCGGACGCUGACUUCAUCUGGAAGAACGCUCUGGAGUACAACCCGGACAGCGACCCCAUGGAUCGCAACAUCCGUCACCGAGCGUGCGCCCUGAAGGACACGGUCCGCGCCAUCAUCAGAGACGAGCUGGACGAAGACUUCGAGAGAGUCUGCGAGGAGAUCAGAGAGUCGCGCAUCCACAGAGCUCUGAUGGUGGCCAACCCGCAGGAGGCCGAUGGCGUCUGCAGCUCGGCGUUCUCCAGAAACACUCUCCAACCUCGUAAGAAGAAACGUUACAGACGGCCCCGAAAGUCCAAGUGGAGCACCGGCGUCAUUAAGAAACCUAAGAAGAAGAAGGAGGAGGAGCCACCAGUCCCAUCCUCCUCCUCUUCCUCCUUCACCUCCCUCUCCUCCAUGUCCAGUAAGUUCAGCUCUGAGUCGAGUGCGGAGGAGGUCAGAGCUGCUGGACGGCGAGCGGUGAACGGGUCUGCUGGUGCUGGCUCGUCCAGCCCAUCAGAGAGCAGUGACGGCGGCCUGAGUGGGUUCCAUCGCACCCCAAACCGCAUCACAAGAGCCCACAACGGAGUCCUCACGAACGGGUAUCACCGCCACACCGAGCCGGUUCAUCGCCAGCUGGCUGAUGGCGUACCUGUAGGCGUGCGUCGAACCCGCUCAUCAAAGACCCUCCCAGGCCCGGAGACCGUGCUGAACGGCCAGACUGCGGACAGCUUAGAGAAGAGCAAACAGUCUGAGUCGAGGGCCAACAAGGCGGCUUUGGAGCAGGUGUUGAGUCGGGACAGGCUGGAGCAGCAGGAAGAAACUCCACCGCUGAUCGUCGAUCGCAGCAAACUGAAGGAGCUCCUGAGGAGAGUCGUGGCGAAGACGGAUGGCGCAGAGGUGGAGCCACUGGAGAAGCUUUACGCCCGGCUCGCUCAGUGCAUCUACCGACACAGAGACAACUGCAACAAGGCAGAGCUGCUGCAGGAAAUGAAGACAGAAAUCGAUCGAUUCUCCUGACCUCCAGCAGCUCGACUUCAAUAAACCUCAGUGUUCAAACAAA